AUGGCUGCUGGGCCGCCACCUGGGCCUCCUGCGCGGCGGCACUCCCUGCGGCUCCACGAAGCGAAGAAGGCGACGACGUUUUCCCAAAGCGCGAGCGCCGUGGCCGCGGGGGUGCCCAAGGCCAAAGCGGCCAAAGGCCACCGCUUGGUCACUUACUCAGCUCGGCGCGUGGAGCCGAGCCGUCCGAGUCGUCCGAGCCGUCCGAGCCGUGGUCCAAAGCUGGCCAGAGCCGAGAUCGAGGAGGAGGAGGAGGAGGAGGAUUGCGAUGAAAGCGACGAUGUAUACCCGACAAAAAGUGCAGGCAGCAAUGCCAGGAGCCGGAAAGCCAAGACUGCUGCCAAAGUGGCAACACCGAAGGUUUCAGCGACAGUGGCCGCUUCCACGAGACCUGUCAGGAGCAAGCCGAUGGCGGAGCCUCCAACGCUUCUUUCCCGGCCGUCCCGGCCGUCCCUGCGUUCGGCCUUGAAGCGCUCGACGGCCUCUGUGAGAGAGGCUGAGGCCCAUGCUGGGCCUCCAGUCCAACAGGACUGGGGCGCCUGGCUGACGUCUAACAGAGUCAACGUCAAGAUGCUCCAGCCACAAGCCAGCCGGACCAGGGAAGCUGCAACGUCACAUAAACGGAACGCAGUUGCAGCUGUUGCUUCACCAGCACCUGGAGGCAAGAGCAAGGUCCAGAAGCUUCCGGCAUCUAAACAAUCCAAACCCUCCGUCCGCAAGUCCGACUGGUGGGCUUUGCCAGAGGUUUCGGUGGAGAAGCCGGAGGAGGAGCUUCGGCUGCCCGGGCCGGGGCCACCGGCGCUGCAACGUUCCGGCCACUGCCGGGGCCCAAGGGGCGACUGA